GUGAUCCUUUCCCAUUCUUGUAUGGCAGGCUGCUCGCGAGAAAUGUUUUGAAGUUGAAAAAAAAACCCAGCUUCAAUGGCCACCGGAAUUCUCUCAAAUUUAGCUUCCGACUCUUCCUUCCCUUCCUUGCAGGAGGCUGAUCUUCUGGCUCGUAGCGUGAAGAAAAUCAAGAGUAAUACCACCAUAAGACCCAAUGGUGAAGGCUCCGAAAUCACUAUGACAGAAUCUCACGAGUCGUCAGCGAUGGCGACUCAGAGUGCAGAACAAUCCCCAACUGCGGUGGAACUCGACAUUAUGGAUAUACCUCCAGCGUUAUCCUUUGCGGAUCUCCUCCGCAAAGAGGAUAAUGACCCCACCAUUAUUGAAUUCUCCACACAGUCUGACUAUCUCGAUGAAGAUUCUGAUGUGGAGGAGGCCAGUGAGGAAAACAUUCCUACAGUUCUUCUCUCAAAGGCGGAUAAGAAAAGAAUCCGGAUUCCGUGGGUGAAUUCUAUCAUCAUCAAGGCUGCUUUUGCAGAAUCAGUGGGCUACUCAUUCAUCUACCCACGCAUCAAAGCUCAAUGGAAACCCAAAGGUAAAUGGGAAUGCAUUGACUUGGGACUCGAUUUUUUUCUUGUUCGGUUUCAGGACGAGAAUGACUUGCACAAAGUUGUCUAUGGAGGUCCUUGGUUUGUUGGCCCUUAUUACUUAACAAUUAGACGGUGGGAACCAAAUUUCAACCCAUCCAAGGCCACCUUCUCAACCACAGUUAUUUGGGCCAGACUUCCCGAACUGCCUACUGAGUUCUAUGACCCUGAAACUCUAAUUCGCAUCGGAAACAAAAUCGGGAAUCUGCUAAGGGUUGAUGCGCACACCAUCCAUCAUACCAGAGGCCAAUAUGCCCGUUUAUGCGUUCAAGUGGAUAUCAACAAGCCCCUGAUUACUCAUGUCAGAAUUGGGAAACAUAAGCAAAGAGUUGUUUACGAGGGAAUUCAAACUCUCUGCUUUAAAUGUGGCAAAAUUGGCCAUAAAGAAAGCCAAUGCCCAGGAAACUCUAUGAGCUCUAAACAUCUAAAUGUGGGGCAAGAGCUAUUGAGGCCGAUUAACUCCAGCAAUAUGGACCCACCAAGGGACUCUGUUUUGACCAUCAAUGCUCCACCUUCUACCUCGACCACAAACCCACAGCCUGAGGUUCAACCCUAUGGCCCAUGGAUUGUUGUUGAAAGAAGGAAAAAAAAACCAGGACCAAAAGGGAGGAACAACAGUACCCAAAACGGUGUAAAACAGAAGGAAUUGCCGGCGACGACGUUGCAACCAGAAACGGGGAAAAUGGUGAGUAACUCCGACCCAACCGAUGACCCGAUCCGUCAGAUCAAACCAAAGGGUAAGGAGAGGCAACCAUCUAAUCAACCAGCUGCUCCUAACGGACCCAAGUCCAUCACCAUAAAUGCCGCCCACUCUCUGUUUUCUCAACCAACGGCUAGUAUGUCGAGUCUCAAAAUUCAAACAAAAAAUGGCCCUUCUAAUCCUGCAAGACCAACUUCUAAAUCAGGUCCUAAAGGCCAAGUCUAUAGACCCAUUUAUCCAACUACUAAGCCCGUUGAUCCUAAGGGAUUGAAUACCCAAGAAGAGCCUGCUUAUCCCAAGCCUAUUCCCUCAUUCUCUAAGCCCCAAAUGGCCCAAAUUCAAGACACACAGCUUCCCCAGGACCCCGAACCGAGUCUAGCUCUUUCAAUCCCCAUCCCCUUUACCACUCAAGUCAACACCAGUUCCCUCCACCCCCCACAGACCUCCAUUGUUAACAUCUCCUUGCAUGAUGGCGGAUUUCCCAUCAACCCGCCUUCUCCAAAUGAGCAGCAGUCUCGAAGCCUUUCUGGUGAGCGAGGGCCAAGUGAUUCGGUUGGAAAGUGCUCUACAACAAAUAAUCCAAACCCCAUCCCCCCGACCACCGUUUUGGACCAUGGACCGCAUCUCCUCAACUUGGCGCUCACCUCUCCUGGUGCCGAAGGAGAUCAACCCACGGAGAUUCCUUCCCCUCUACCGAUCACUGGAAUCAGAUCGCAGAGGAAAGAUCGACCUCCUCUCGGUGCUGGAUCUAAGUUACAACUCCGACGACGCCAACAUAGACAGAUCACUCACCCGUAUCUCCCCUCUGAAAGUAUUCUGUCCAUCCAGCAAGCCUCAUCUGAACAUCUUGGAGGCAAUAGGGGAGAUGAAGGAGAUGCACUUGUUUAUUCGGAGCCUAUGGUGCUCAGCCACUCGUCCAGCCCGUCACCAAUUCUGUGCCAGAUGGAAGCACUUAGUGCCUUGGGUUCGACCUUCAUUAACUCUUGGAAUAUGAAGAUUGUCUCAUGGAACUGCCGCGGUGCGGCUAAUCAAAACUUUCUCAAUCAUGUGUUGGAGCUUAAAAGGAUUCACUCCCCUGCUAUCAUGUUAAUCAUGGAAACCAAGCUCAAUGGUGAAAGAGCCCACACUUUGGCAUCCAGAAUCUUCCCAGAUUGUCAUGUCGUGGAUUCAGAUGGUCUUGCCGGAGGUUUAUGGCUCCUAUGGGAUGUCAACAAAGUGAAUAUUGAUAUUGUCUUUUCUAGCAGUCAAGCAAUCCACGCUGUGGUUAAGGUAUGUAAUCACUCUGUCAUCUCUAAUUCUGACUGGUUUUUUUCUGGUGUGUAUGGCAGACCCCAUUUUGAUAUCAGAUCUCUCCUUUGGCAUGAAUUAUCUGAUAUGGCUAAGCAUGUUAAUAUCCCCUGGAUUAUAGCUGGUGAUUUUAAUGAUGUCACCGAACAAGGGGAGAAAUUUGGGGGUAACCCUAUUAACCAAUUGAGAGUUAAUGCUUAUCUCUCCUGUAUGAGUGAUUGUGGUAUGAUGGAUAUGGGUUAUGUUGGGGGGAAAUAUACUUGGGUUAAUAUGCGGAAUUCCCGCAUUAUUAGGGAACGUCUUGACAGGUUUUGGUGUAAUUCUAAUUGUAGAAUCCUUUUCCCUGAAGCUACAGUAUAUCACCUCCCUAGACUCAUUUCUGACCAUAAUCCCAUUUUGCUGAACCUUACCCCUCAUAUUCCAUCUAUUGGCAAAAGACCCUUUCGUUAUGAGAAAUUCUGGUUUGACCACCCUGAUUUUAUUGAUAUCGUUGAUAGAAUUUGGUCUCACCCUCACAGCAAUACCUCUUCCUGUCUUGCCUCUACUAUGACUAGUAUCAAAUUAUGGAGUCGUGACACAUUUGGUAACCUGUUCAAACGAAAAAAGGUCAUCCUUGCUCGUUUGGAAGGUAUCCAUAAGUCUCUCUCCAUUAACCACAACAACUUUCUCUUUGACCUUGAGAAAGAUCUGUCCCAUGAAUACUCUGAAAUCCUUAAUUGUGAAGCUGAUCUUUGGUUCCUUAAGUCCAGAUCUGAUUGGAUUGUGGAUGGGGAUAAAAACUCUCGCUUCUUUCACAUUACUACCAUGAGACAUAGAUCCAGGAAUAGAAUCCUUGGGCUGUACAACCCAGAGGGGGUUUGGAUUACCGAUUCUAUGCAUCUGAAGUUUAUGGUGACCAACUAUUUUUCAACACUCUUUUCAUCUACCGCUCCCCAUUCCUUUCAUGAUUCAUAUGAUCUAAUUCGAACCACCACUCCUUAUUCUCUGGAUAUCUCUGAUGAUUUGGCUAUGCCCCCAUCUUUAUUUGAAAUUAGGAAGGCUGUUUUUUCCAUGAAGGCCUUUAAAGCCCCUGGCCCGGAUGGUACUCACCCUUUCUUUUAUCAAAAAUUAUGGCACUCUGUUAAGGAUACCAUCCUCCUUGACAUCCAACAGAUUUUUAUAUCAGGAAUUGUCCCCCCUAAAUGGAAUGAAUGCUUGAUCACUUUGAUUCCAAAGGUGGGUAGUCCUGUUAAUAUUAAUCAGUUCAGGCCUAUUGGUUUGUGUAAUGUUAACUACAAGAUUGUCUCUAAGAUCAUUGUCCAUAGGCUCAAACCCCUUUUGGAUUCCAUCAUUUCUCCUUGCCAAACUAGUUUUGUGCCUGGGAGACGCGGAUCUGACAAUAUUCUCAUCCUUCAAGAACUGGUUUACUCCUAUAAUAGGAAGACUGGUAGGAAGGGUGGGAUGAUUAUCAAGCUGGACUUGGAGAAAGCAUAUGAUAAACUUGAAUGGAGUUUUAUUCGGGAGACUCUUAUUUUCUUCCAACUCCCUCCUACUCUCAUUUCCCUUAUCAUGUCCUGUGUCUCCUCUACCAGCAUGUCUAUCCUUGUCAAUGGAGAGACCACUGAUCGCUUCCUCCCCUCUCGGGGUAUCCGACAGGGAGAUCCUCUUUCCCCUUAUCUUUUUAUUCUUUGUAUGGAAUUCCUUUCCUUAAGAUUUACUGAUGGUAUUAAUUCUGGUUUGUGGAAAGGAUGUAAAGCUGGUCGGAGUGGCCCCACUCUUUCCCACCUCUUUUUUGCAGAUGAUCUCAUCUUUAUCGGGGAAGCAUCCCAACAAAACUGCAUGUUCUUCUCUUCUGUUAUGCAAGAAUUUUGUGCGAGAUCCGGUCUCAUGAUUAAUCAUGAGAAGUCUAAAGUCCUUUUCUCCAAGAAUGUUCAGGCUCAGACCAGGGAUAACCUAAGCUCCUUGUUAGGUCUCCCACAGACCUCAUCCCUUGGUAAGUAUCUUGGUAUUCCCAUUACUGCUAAGAAAAUUAAGCAAGCUGAUUGUAAUUUUAUCCUGGAUAAAGUUCGAUCUAAGCUUGCUGGUUGGAAAGCUAAAUUUUUUACCAUGGCUGGUAGAACCACCCUUAUUAAAUCAGUCCUUGCUGCCAUCCCUAAUUAUUACAUGCAGUCCCAAAUGCUCCCUUCUUCUACUUUGAAGGAUCUUGAUAAAAUUUCGCGUAAUUUUCUUUGGGGCUCCACUGAGAACCAACCUAAGAUGCAUCUUGUUUCUUGGGAAAAAAUUACCCAACCUAAAUCCUAUGGUGGGUUGGGUAUUAAAGCAGCGAAGGAAGCUAAUUUGGCUGCCAUGUGCAAGCUUAAUUGGCGUCUCCAUACUGAAAAGCAUGCCUUGUGGAACCGUGUUCUCUCUACCAAAUACCAUAUUAACAAUUGCAGGUUCCAAUAUCCUAAUCUCUGCUCCCCUGUCUUGCAUAACUUUAAGAAAGGCAGCAUGCUAUUUUCCGAAGGCCUCAAGUGGAUCCCUAGAGACGGCAAUCUCAUCUCCUUUUGGAAUGACACUUGGUUUGGUCAUAGGCCUCUUAGCUCCAUUUUAAAUGGUCCUCUGCUUGAAACUGACCCUUCUCUGCUUGUUUCUGAUUGUGUUUCACAAGGUCAGAUUAUCGACAGAGCUAUCUCCUAUGACUUGCCUCCUUACAUUGUUCAGGCCAUCAAAGCUAUCCCUUUGUCUUUGUUUGAUUCUGGAGCUGAUCAAUUUGCGUGGAAACUCAAUGCCAAUGGCUCCUUCUCUUCCUCCUCGGCUUAUUGCCUUGCCAAGAAGACUUCCCUCAGCCUGGAGCAGAACUGGUCUUGGAUUUGGAAGGUCCACACCUUGCCAAAAAUCCAAAACUUCAUCUGGUUGCUUUGCCAUAAUCGGAUUAAGACCCUGGGGUACCUUAACAGUAUUGGUGUUAUCAAUUUUUCUACCUGUCCUCUCUGUUCUCUUAAUUCUGAAACUGCAGCUCACCUGGUCCGGAAUUGUCCUAGCUCUCGUGCUAUCUGGGAUGAUCUUUUACCUGGAUUGACUUCCCAUCGGACCAUGGAUGCUCCACUGGUUGAGUGGUUGCGGUUCAACUGUGGUAGGAAGGACAGCAGCCCCUUCUUAUCUAUUCCAUGGGGUACCCUCUUCUCCUUUACCAUUUGGACAAUUUGGAUUCAAAGGAAUUGUAAGUUGUACAAACCUGAGAAUUAUAAUCCUUCUAGCAGUAUUUCCAUUAUCAAGAACAAAGCAGCAGAAUUCUGGGCUUGCUGCUCCUCACAUCAACAUACUAGUCAGGCAACGUCCAUUGCCGUCAAAUGGACUAAGCCUUCUUCAGGUGUUGUUAAGCUUAACACCGAUGGUUCCUUCCUUAGCAGGUCUGGUAUGGCUGCUUCUGGAGGCUUAUUUAGGGAUCAUGAGGGGAAGUGGAUGCUUGGCUAUGCAAGGAAUAUUGGUCACACGUCUUGUUUGGCAGCUGAGCUUUGGGCCAUCCGGGAUGGUCUUCAAUUAGCUGUUGACAAAGGAUUUAAUCGUUUAUGCAUUGAGACUGACUCUCUUACUGCCCUUAAUCUUAUUUCCAAGGAUUGCGGUAAUCACCACCCUCUUACUGCUCUCAUUUUGGACUGCAGGGAACUUCUCAGUAGGAUACCAGAAGUUACUGUUGUGAAAGAGAAAAGUGAAAUCACAGUUGCAGUGGCACCUCACAAGGCACUAAAUUAGGAAAGAAAGUUAAUUUUAGGACUUUAAAUGUUUAAUGUUAAAAAUAUUGACCUCAUUUUAGUUUUCUUUUUUACUUUUUGCAAGCAAGUUAAGUUUUUUCUUUUUUUUUUCUUUUUUUUUUCUCCCUUUUUUUUAUAGUUCUUGUUGAGUAUUUUAAGCUUACAAUCAUUAUAGGUUAUUAAAGGUGUAAAGGCAUA